CAGGCGGGACCGAUUUUGAUGUGUUUAGAAAGGCGAUUACGGCAGGCUACUUUCAUCAAGCUGCACGAGUCAAGGGAAUUGGGGAAUUUGUCAACAUCCGUUCUGGUCUGCCGACGCAUCUGCAUCCCACGAGCGCCCUGUAUGGACUGGGAUAUACGCCAUCAUACGUGGUGUACCAUGAGCUUAUUUUGACAUCGAAAGAGUACAUGACGCAAGUGACUGCAGUUGACCCAUACUGGCUCGCUGAACUUGGAUCCGUGUUCUACUCUGUCAAGGAAAAGAACUUUGACGAGCGCGGGAAUCGAAGACAGGCCGAUCGAGAGUUUUCGAAACGGGCCGAGAUUGAGACAGAGAUGGCGAGGCAGCGUGAAGAGACAGCGAAAAAGGUGGAAGAGGACGCGUUGGCAAUCAAGACUGCCAGCGGGAGCAGCGCCAAGAUUAUUAUACCGGGGACACCGCGACAUACGGGAAUUGGAGCCGGUGCCAGAGUAACACAGACACCUCGUCGAAGAGUUGGUAUUUAGUAGAUAUGGCAACAAUGUAUGUAGUGAUGUGCUUGGCUGCCAGCUUUUUUCGUCUUGCCCAAUAUGAUGGGUGACUCUGAAUCCCC